AUGAGCGUCGAGACGGCUGGCUGCUCGAGUCGGCGCGGCUUUGCCAUCAAAGUGCACCAUGAGCCAGCGCCGGCAGCACCUGCGACGCGCGCGCUCUGGCUGAGCUGCGUCCUCGGCGGCGCGUCCACGUCGCUGGCGACAAUCGGGUCCAACCCCAUGGAGGUCGUCAAGACGCGCAUGCAGCUCCAGGGCGAACUCAUGGCACGCAGCAGUACGCCAGGACGCGUGCUCUACCGCAAUUUUGCGCACGCGUUGUACACGAUUGCGCGCACCGAAGGCGUCGUGGGCAUCCAGCGCGGUCUCGCCGCCGGCAUGGUCUACAAUGCGAUCAUGAAUGGCCUGCGGCUCGGCAGCUUCGAGUCCUUUCAAAACCUUCUCGGUGCCUCGGACCCGAACGCGCCGCUCUUCAUGGCACGCAACGCAGUCGCAGGCGCGCUCUCGGGUCUGCUCGGUGGCAUUGUCGGGUCGCCCUUCUAUCUGGUCAAGACGCGGCUGCAGGCGCAGAGCUCGACGUCCUCCGUGAAUGCGCAAUACCAUUACCGCUCCAUGACGGACGGAUUUCGCCAAGUGCUGGCGACAGACGGCGUCGCAGGCUUGUACCGGGGUGCCGGCGGUCAAAUGGCGCGGAUCGUGGUCGGGUCGGGCGCGCAGUUGGCGUCGUACUCAAGCGCCAAAGUGUUUGUGAUGGACGCACUGGACUUGGCGCCGACCAGCGUCUGGGUCCCCCUCAGCGCCUCGCUCUUGAGUGGCCUCGCGAUAUCCGCUUUUAUGCAGCCGUUCGACGUGGUUGCGACACGCCUCGCGAGCCAACGCGUCGACGUACGAGGCCGCGGCGCCUUGUACACGGGCGUCUACGACUGCUUCCGCAAGACACUCGCCGCCGAAGGCGUCGUCAACGGACUCUACAAGGGCUGGGCCGCGGGCUACAUCCGCGCCGGUCCCCACACCAUGCUCGGGUUCCUCAUUUGGGAGCAGUUCAAGGACUAUGCGACCGCCCAUGGCUACUAG